UGUCAUUCUCAGGAAUCAUCUUGGCUAAAAAAACCUUAAAAAUAAAUUGAAUUUAAGAAAAAUAAACAAAUAAGAUGUCUCUGUUUACGUACUCUCCUGUUUCUUAGGACAUCAGUUUCCCAAUCCUAUUGGGAUUAGGAAAAAAUCCUAAACCGCCGUAAAAUGAAAGCACCGCCAAUCCCAAACCUCAACUAUAAAUAGAGACUUUUCCCUUCCAUUAAUUACAUUACAAGCUACAAUUUCCAGUUCAUUCGCUUUCCGCAUUCGAUCACUCUGUCAAGUAGUAGUUGCUUAGAAAGCAAGUUAGGGUUUCCAAGUUAGAAUUCUACGACUUUGGAAUCGGAAGAGAUGGCUGCUCUAGUUACGCGUCCUGCCAAGACGGGGCAAUUCGACUUCCUUCAACUCAGGCAGCAACUGAAAGAUCGCAUUCGCAUGAAGAAAUCAGGAGGCUCUGCUGCUGCUCAAGGCUGCUCGGUUAAUAGUACUACCGAAAACUUCGGAUCCUUUUUUGGUCCCUCAGAGCGUGUCAUGGCCAAGAGAGUGCACGAAGAGAUGAAGGAUUUUGUGCCGGAGUUGAAGAAGUUGGCGUCUAGGGUUCUGAAUUCCGGUGACAAGGCUAAAAGCACCGCAAAGAGUCCUGCCCCCUUGAGCAAGGCAUUGAAGUGUAAAAUCAUCAAGGAGUCCCGGGAUUAUUCCUUUUUGCAAUCCGACAGUGCAGAAAUUCCAAAGCCGUCUAAAGGAGAGCCUGAAGAAGUUGGCAAGAGCAAAACCUCCUCGGCAAAAUCUGAAUCCUCUUCAACAAAGCAAUGCAGCACAAAACCAAUGCCGAAACAAAAGAAAUCCGUCUCGAAACAUCCAAUCAAAUAUCACGUGAAGGAGGAGCGUCCGGAGGCUGUGAUUGGCAAAGCCUCCUUGGCAAACAAGUACGGUAAGGUGAACAGAAGAGUUGAUCCAGGACAUAACAGUGGCAUCCUGUUGGAUCCAAGUAUCGAAGUCGGGAUUGACUUUGUCAGUGAUGUUGCCAUUAUCAUCUUUCAAAGGUUGAAGAGUAUCCAACUUGUGUGGUUGACUUGGAGAGACGUUUACCAUGCAUUUCGGACGUGGAGAGAUAUCUUGAAUAGUUGGUUUAUCACAACAAAGCAACGCUUGAAGCAAAUGGAGCAAUCUGUUGAGCUGAAACGCACAGCAAAACCGAUACCAAAACCGAAACUAUCCGUCUCAAAGAAUCAGGUCAAAGACCGUGUCAAGGAGGAGCAAUCACUUGAUGUUUCUUCUGUGAUCCAGGCGAUAUUUGGGCAUAACCGCAAGCGCCCUAGGGCGGAUGAUGAGGAUGAUGAUGGAGAUGAUCGUGCGAUGGUGUCCAGUUUUGAUGACAUUCUGAAGGAAGAGAGGAAGAGUGCAAAAAUCGCUAGGGAGGAAGAUGAAAGAGAGCGGUUGCUGCUCGAACAAGAGGAGAAGCAAGAAGAAGGAUUAAGAGCAACAAAGAAGCUGAAGAUUAAGAUCAAAUUAUCCAAAACAUGAUGUUGUUCCAUUUAGAUUUUGGAGAUUUCAUUUAUUCAGAUAAUUGGAUU